AUGCAGGUCACGGUGAUCCUGCUGGGUGCAGUGCUGAUGUGGUAUCUGGAACCGCAGGGCGCCUUCACCUUCCCCCAGGCGCUCUACACCUCCGCCAGCUGUGUGUCACAGAGCGGCCUCGCCGUGGUGGACUGGUCAAAGCAGGCAACGUCGACGUACGUGAUCAGCUUCUGCCUCAUCUUGCUGGGCUCGGCCUCCCUGCUGCACAUUGCGCCGGUGGUGCUGAGGCGGGGCCCGGGGUUCGGGGGCCUGGGGGCCUCACGCGGGCGCGCGGGCGUGGAGGCGCAAGAGCGCACUUCCAAGCUGGUGCCAGAAGUCAAAGCUUCUGGCACCAACUUCUGGAUGAUUGUCAUCGUGGCAAUCUGGUUCUCCUCCAGCAUUGUCUUCAACGUCACCGCGCAGAUGCUUCUCCGCAACCUGCCCAGCGCGGAGGACAUGACCAUCAUUGAGCUUAUGGUCACGGUGCUGGUAGGCGCGCUGACGCUGCCGCCCCGGGGGCACCGGCUGCUUGCAAAGGAAGAUGAAUUUCCGCUGAAGAGCUCCUUUUCCUUGGGCCUGCUGCACCUCUUCAAUUGCAGGAGCUUCGUCUACAGCUUGCAGUUCAUCCCCACCUCCCUGGCCCAGACCAUCCGGGCCACCAACCCAGUAUGGGUGGUGCUGUUGACCUUUGCGCUGGGCGCUCGCUAUGGGCUGCUGGUGCUGUGCAGCCUGCUUCCACUGGUGGGAGGCUUCGCGCUGGCGGUGGGCGCCGAGCCCAGCGGCUUUGAGCCGCAGGGCAUCCUGGCGGCGGUCCUCUCUGUGAACGCGCAGGUGUGCGUGAACCUCCUGGGCCAGCGCUGCAUGGCGCGCAGCCGGGAAGGCUCGGGCCGUGCGCUGCAUGCGUUUGAGGUGCAGUUCAACAGCUGCUUCUUCGCGCUCUGCAUCCUGGUGCCCAUUUGGCUGAUGGGUGGAGGUGCCAGCCGGCUGCUGGGCUUUUUGUCUGUGGUGGAUGAUCAGCUCCGGAACCGGAUCCUGGUGCUGUCCCUGGCGGACGGGUUCCUCUACUUCACGGAGCAGAGCGCCUCCUUCGCGGCCCUCAACAGCUUCCGGCCGCUGAACUUCGCGGUGGUCGACACCCUGAGGCGGCUGCUCAUCGUGCUGGUGGCGGGCUUCUGGGUGCAGGGCUCUGCGCUGUCUGCUUCCUCGGCGCUGGGUGUUCUGCUGGUGCUCACUGGCGGCGUGUGGUUCGCCUACGCCCGGGACCGCGAGGACCAGCGCAGAACCCUGGAGAAGCAGGACUAG